GCAGAGCCACAGUGAGUGCUGGUCAGAGCUGAGUACACUGCACUUACAGGCCUUGAACUGAGAAAAAGAUCAGCUUUACAUCAACUAGACGACGCUUAAAACCCCCUUUAGCCGCUCAUUACAGUUCACUUAUAUCAGAGCUGUAAGAAGCUAAUUUGACUUUCAGAGAAAGGUGAAAAGAAUAGAUUAUAGACAAGGCAGAGGAGGGCGUGACAGGGAGACAGCCGAGCAGGCAAGCUGCUGCUGCAGGGGGAGGAAGAGCAGGCGAUGCAUCAGCCAAAGCCAGAGGUCAAGAAAAAAAGCGAAAGAAUAGUGAAAAGGUAGACUCGGAGAGAGAGGAGGGUCAUUUGUGAUUCUGAGCCAGAAACCAGCCUCUCUUUGUUGUUGUUGUGUGGGCCACCCGAGCAGGGGGAGAGGAUGUGAAGGAGAGCAGCAGGGAGGAAGGGAGGCGACUGCAAGAAAGACAAGACAAGUAUGCUCUCAGAGAUGAUGUGCAGGAGGAGCUGCCAGCAGCAGCUGCAGCUGCAGCAGCAGCAGCAGCAGCAGCAUCAGGAUGGGAAAGAGGGUCCGCAGAGGGACCCUUCCAGCCGCAGGAAGCACGGCUGGUCCAAGAGCUGCAGGGGGCGCCUGCAGGGGCGGAGGACAGGAGGGGGAGGGUGGCCAAGAGGGCGCACUCACCACCAACCUCAACGUCAUCAUCCUCAAUUCCAUCACCCCAGACACUUCCAGAGGCCCGUGAUGUCCCUCCGGCCCGUCAACGUCAAAGGAAACAUAGCGAGAGGGAUGCGCGCCCCCAAGAACACCAACCAGUUCCUGAUGCACGAGAAGUAUCAGAUGCUGCACCUGCGCUCCGACUCGGUGGGGAGCGACAGCGGCAGCAGCUCCGACAGCGACGUGGAGCUCACAGACAUGGACUCGUACCUGGGCGUCCUGGAGAAUGCAAGAGGAGCCCUCUUGGACAGUCCCAACCCACACGGCUCAACGACGCCACCGGGACAGAUCGUGGUACUGCACGAGGACAGUCUGCGUCUGCACAAGGACAGUCUGCAUCUGCACGAGGACAGUCUGCGUCUGCAGGAUGACAGUUUGCGUCUGCAGGAGGACAGCAUGCAGUAUUUCCCCUCUGAGGAUGACCUGAUUCAGAGUCAGAAUUUCAUGCAGAGGGACUUUGUUGAGUUUUGUGACAUCCUGACACCCUGAAGGGGAACUUUCAGGGAGCCAUUUUGUUCACAGCAGUGUGAACCUCAAACCUCAGACUGUGAAAGGGGUCAGGUUUGUUCUUCAUGUUCACAGAAAAUUCAAAAAAAAUCUUCAUCUUAUCAAGUCAUUUGGCCUUAAAUGUUGUCUGCUUGCAGGGUGACAUGAUUCCAUCAGGUUCCAGCAGAAAUCAACUUUAAAAAAAAAAAAGUUUUUAAAGUAUUUUUUUUAAUACUUGUGCAGUUACCUGCUUUAGUUCAUCUAUUUUAAAGAUGCUGAAAAAAAGUGAAAUUAUCUCACCCUGUUGGUAUUUUUUUCCAGGUUUAAGAAAAAAACUUAAACUGAAUGCAAGAUUAAAAUGACAUAAUUAAGACAGAUGUUUUUUACAGUUUAUAUUUGGUUCAUGUUUUGGUCAUGUACAAUGUGUCCAGGUGCUGUAAAGUGCUGCCUUUCUGUUGUUGUUGUUGCACACAAAGGGAGAUGGGCUUGGUGGUGGGAGUGGGCCCAAACAGCCAAUCGGCAUCGAGCUGGCUGGAUUAGGCUGCAGGUGAUUGGCUGAUGCAGACUGUCAUUAACAAAAAAGCCCUUUACUGUACUGAACAAAAAGAAGAAAAAAAAAAAUCACAAAUAAAUAUCUGAUUGAUGUAA